CCUCAUUUUAAGCAGUUACCCCCCUUAGAUCUUGACUAGUAAAGCGCUCAAUGAAAGAACAGCGUUGCAAGCGUUUGAAUAACCGUUUCCAAAAUACUUCCUGCUUUGCGAAAAAAAAGUCAAGAACAUUUUUUCACGAAAGAAGCAAAGGACCAUGGGAUACAUUACAUCAGCUGAGAGCAUCAAGCUUACCUUUCCAUGAAAGCAUUCAUUGUGACAUAGUUUUUUUUUUGUGGUUGUGACAUCUAUAAGGUGUAAGAAAAAUGAGUCGCGAGGGGAAGGAAAUUUUGAUGGACUUCAUGUUAAAAGAGGGCAAUGAAAAAAGGAACAGUAUUUACGUCACAGAGUUAUAAGGAACGAUGGUUUCAGCUCACUGACAGUAGCCUCACAUAUUACAGUGGAACUUUAGCUAAAAGAUCAAAAGCAAAGGGUACUAUAUGUUUGAAUAAUGUAAAAACAGUGGAAACUGUGGAAGAUGGAAAGCUGGAUGAUAAAAGCAAUGUUUUUCAGAUAAUGCACAGAACAGAAAAGGGGGAAGGUUAUUACACUUUAUACAUUGUUGCUCAGAGUGCGGAGCAACAGAAGAAAUGGGUUGAUACCUUAAAACAAACUAUUAAAGAUCUUGGUGUAACAUUUCUACCUAAGUACCACACUGGUGUAUGGACGAAGACUCUAGGACAUUACAACUGUUGUGAUCAGAUAGAUAGAAAUGCCCCAGGCUGUCAGAUGAUACCUGAUGAUGGGUCAGCAGCAGGACAAAACAAUGCCCCACGCUCUAAUUUACCUCCUCUACCGGAUAUACCUGGACAACCUAAGACCAAUGGUACCGGAGGUAAUAGGCCGGUUCCUGCGCCAAGACCACCGAAAAGGGAGAAGGAGAAAGAUCGGGAGAAGAAAAUGUAUAUUGCAGCUUACGAUUAUAAACCAUGUGAAGAAGGGGAUCUAGAAUUAGUCACGGGUUCAGAGUAUGAAGUAUUAGAUGACAGCAGGGAUCAUUGGUGGCUAGCUAAAAAUAUGGCUGGAGAGAAAGGUUUUAUCCCGGCAAACUAUGUGAAAAAGAAGUUUGAUUUAGAAAUUUAUGAAUGGUACUAUAAAGGUGUGACACGUGAGAGAAGUGAACAAAUUCUGAAAUCUGAGUCACGGGAAGGGUGCUUUAUGGUACGAGACUCAAGCACUCCGGGAAUGUAUACUUUGUCCAUAUACACUACAGAAACGUAAGUUGGGCACUCUUUAUAAU